AUGUCUGACUUCAACUUUUCUUUUCCAUCGUGUAUCAAUGCAGCUUGCAAGAUUCGUACAACUAAAGCGAAUUAUUGCGGUAAUGGCAGUACCUGCAUUCCUGAUGCUGAUCCUAACAAACCACCGAUAUGUAUGUGUGCGCCAGGGUUCUCCGGCUUCGCUUGCCAGAAUCCAGUACCAACUACCACGAGUACAACUUCUCAAACAACCACCGAGUCAGUAGCGUGUAAGCUUUUCCCAAACUUCUGCGCAAAUGGAGGAACUUGUGAACCCAGUGGAACAAAACCGGCAUGCCGAUGUCCACCCACGCAUACAGGUGCCCAAUGCAAAACGCCAUUGGGUGCAACGCCAUCACAAGGGCCGCCUGUCGUGCCAGGACAAUCCACUGCAGCGCCUGUACCAGGGCAAUCAACUGCAGCGCCUGUACCAGGGCAAUCAACUGCAGCGCCUGUACCAGGGCAAUCAACUGCAGCGCCUGUACCAGGACAAUCAACUGCAGCGCCUGCAACAAGGCCAACAAAUCUACCUCCAGCUGGCGUAAGAUGUGAUCAGAAUCCAUGUAGAAAUAAUCGUCCAUGCUACAACAAUGGAGAUUCGUAUUUUUGCUCUUGUGGUUCACAAUAUCGUGGUAUAAACUGUGAAGAAUUCAUUAGUGGGUAA